UCCCGGAACACAACAGCAACAGGAAGGAACAGCGCAGGAUCAAGCAGCAAAGAAGGAGGGACUUGGAAGUGUUUGGACACACUUCACUUAACAGCAGACCUCUCUGGAGAGGAAAUAAGUCUCAGCAUGGCUGCUGCUCCUGCUGCUCCUCCUCCCUCCUCAUCCAAAGGCAGCCUGAGGGAGGACCUGACCUGCGCCAUUUGCUGCGACCUGUUCCAGGAGCCUGUCAUGCUGUCCUGCAUGCAUCACUUUUGUAAGGCGUGCAUCUCAAGGUACUGGAGGGGAACACUGGGUCCUGUAACCUGCCCACAGUGCCGCAAAGAGUUCAGGUCCAAGCAGUUUCAGACCAACUACCUGGUGGCAGCGAUGGUGGACAAGGUUCGGUCCUCCUCUUCAGACACCUACAUCAGGAAUCUGGAGAAACAGCUGAGUGCGGCAUUGCAGAGCCAUAACUCAAGGAAGGAGGAUCUCCUCUGCACCAUUCGCAAAGACAGAGACAAGAUGGAUAUCAUAAAGAGGGUUGGAGCAGAUCUGCAGGGGAGUGUCAAAAGUGAGUUCAGAGCUCUGCAUCAGAUCCUGCAGGAGGAGGAGAACCAUACGUUGGAUCAGCUGAGGAGAGAGGAGGCGGAGGAACUGGAGAAGGUCCAGCAUCACCUGGAGGCCGCAGAGCUGGCUGUGAGGGAGCUGGAAAAUAACAUAAAGCUGCUGCAGCAGUCGAACGUCACGCUGACUGAGUUUCCACAGUUGAGGCCCAGUGUGGAGGUGAACGUGGCGCCAGAUUUUGACAUCAGUGCCUUCAGCGGCAAAUACUUGGCUCCGUUACAAUACAUCACAUGGAGGAGGAUGUUCAAGGCCCUGAAGCCAGGUCCUGCUGCCUUAACGUUUGACGCAGAGACGGCACAUCCCAGCAUCCACGUCUCCCGGGACAAAACCGUGGCUGUCGAGUGCGAUGCCAUGACCCUGCACCCGAGCAGCAGCAAGCGCUUCGUCCAGUGCGUCAACAUCCUGGCUGCCCAGGCCUUCCAGUCAGGGCGACAUUACUGGGAAGUCGAAGUGGGCUCCAGCCCCAAAUGGGACCUGGGCGUCGCCUCCGAGACCGUGGACAGGCGCGCCCGGAUCAAACUCAGCCCAGAGAAUGGCUACUGGACCCUGCGGCUGCGGAACGGGAGCGAGUACUGGGCCGGGACGCAGCCAUGGACGAGGCUGCAGCUCGGGUCGCCACCGCAGAGGAUCGGGGUGUACUUGGAUUGCGACGAGAGGAAGGUGGCCUUCUACAACGCCGACGAUAUGAGCCCGCUGUGCUUGUUCAGCAAGGGGCCGAGGGGAAAAGUGUUCCCCUUCUUCAGCCCGUGCAUCAGCGAGAACGGACAGAAACCUCACCCUAUGAAGCUCCUCCACGGGGCUCUGUCUGGAUAAGUCAGUCGAUACCGCUCAGCAUUAAGAACCUGUUCUGUUCUUCACCAAAGACUUUGAAAGGAACCCCUGCCAUUACUUCACUUUUGGAUAAUUUCAGUUUUUCUAAGAAUUUCUAUGCUGUAAUUGUUACAAGGUUCACAUUAUAUGGAAAUAGAUAUUGCAUUUUCUCAUAAAAAAUAAUAAAAAUCAGGGUUGUUGUCUUUAGUGUCUUGAGGAAGAGGUUUCCUUUCCAUUUUGUUUUUAAUCAGCAUGAAUGAUCUGUGCACUUUGAGAUGUUAUAUUUGAUUAAAUGGCUUCAUGUUUUAUGCACGAGUUUGAACUAAGUCGGUUCUGUCUGUAAACUGUCCAGUUUCGCAGAGUUGAACUGUAAACAUUCAUUCGUAGUCACUGUAUGUGCCUAGUUUCAAACACAAAUGCAUGCGUUGUGUUUCAUUGUUGUACACAUGGAUGUAAGAUGUAAACCUGCUGAUGCGGACAAUAAACCAAGUCAAAGUUUCUUUUUAAA